AUGGAUGAAAAGAUUAUUGCCGCCUCCAAAAGGCACCCCAUCGUCCCCCUCCCCGAGGGCCGACUCUACAAAUAUGGCACUGCCGGUUUCCGUAUGAAGGCCGAUCUCCUCGACGGCAUCUCCUUCCGCGUCGGUCUCCUUUCCGCGCUUCGCAGCCGAAAGCUCAGCAGCAAGGCCAUCGGUGUCAUGAUCACCGCCAGCCACAAUCCCGCCCCCGACAAUGGAGUCAAGAUCGUCGACCCCAUGGGUGAGAUGCUUGAGCAGGAUUGGGAAGCCUAUGCCACUCAGCUCGUCAAUGCCCCCUCUGACGAGGCACUUGUUGCCGAGUACAAGAGGCUCGCGGAACUUCUCAAGAUCAACUUGGACGCGCCCGGCAAGGUCGUUUUCGGACGGGAUACUCGUCCUUCGGGCCACAGCCUCGUCACCGCUCUCACUGAUGCUCUCGACGCUACCAAUACCGCGUACACUGACUACAAGAUCCUUACUACCCCUCAGCUCCACUACCUCACGCGCUGUGUCAACACAGAAGGCACCGUCAACAGCUACGGAAAGACCAGCGAGACUGGAUAUUAUGAGAAGCUCGGCGAAGCCUUUGUUCGAGCCUUGAGCGGAAGGAGAGCCUCUGGCCAACUCAUUGUGGAUUGCGCCAACGGUGUCGGUGGACCCAAGUUGACCGAGUUCCUGAAGCAUGUUCCCAAGGAGACGACGGGUCUUGAUGUCAGGGUUGUAAACGACGAUGUCCUCCACCCAGAGGCCCUCAAUCUUGACUGCGGUGCGGAUUUUGUCAAGACCCGCCAAAAGCCUCCCGCGUCGCCUCGCCCUACGCCAGGUGUCCGAAGCUGCUCCUUCGACGGAGACGCCGACCGCCUCAUAUACUACUGGGUCGAUCCCGAGAAAGGCUUUUUCAUGCUCGACGGUGACCGCAUCUCCUCUCUCGCCGCGUCUUUCAUUGGCGACCUCGUCCGUUCGGCUGGACUCGAGGAAGAGCUCCGCAUCGGCGUCGUCCAAACCGCCUACGCCAACGGGGCUAGCACCACCUACAUCGAGAAGCACCUCCAUCUCCCCGUUACGUGCACUCCCACUGGCGUGAAGCAUCUCCAUCAUGAGGCCCUCAAGUUCGACGUUGGCGUCUACUUCGAGGCCAACGGCCACGGAACGGUCCUCUUCUCGCCCCAUGCCCUCCGCUCCUUCCGCGAGACCCAGCCCCAGUCUCCCGCGCAAAAGGACGCCCUGGAUACCCUCGCCGCCGUCGGCGACCUCAUCAACCAGACCGUCGGCGACGCCCUCUCCGACAUGCUGCUCGUAGAAGUCAUCCUCGCCCACAAGAACUGGUCCCUCCGCGACUGGGCCAUUACUUACUCCGACCUCCCCAACCGUCUCGUCCGCGUCGAGGUCCCCGACAAGGACGCCUUCCGCACCACGGACGCCGAGCGCCGUCUCACGCACCCCUCAGGCCUGCAGGACGCCAUCGAUCAGGUCGUUCUCAAGUAUGCCAAGGGACGAAGCUUUGCCCGCGCUAGCGGCACGGAGAACGCGUGUCGCGUGUAUGCUGAGGCGGCGACGAGGUUGGAGGCUGAUGAGCUUGCGAACAAGGUCGCGCAGCUGGUGAAGCAGUUUGGUUAG